AUGUCGUCCGAGCACCCGCCCCCCAUUGCGGGGCCUGGAAACAAGGCGGAUCUCCUCGUGGUCGGAUCUGAUGCAAUCAGCCCCGAUCCCCUGUCUGCUGGAACCUCCCCAGGCGUGACGGAUGCCGAGUCCCCCGUCACUCCCACCCAGGCUACUCAUGGCAUCGGAUCGGGCGGUGACCUCUUACGUAGCCUGAGUCUCACGGGAGAAUCGGCGGUGCUGGAAGCAGAUCCCCGGGAACAAUACCCGGGUCUCCACCUCACGGGGCGCAUCAUCAGUGCCGCCUUUUGCAUACCCUACAAAGUUUACUGUCGUCCUGGAGGGAAUUGGGAAUUGAAACCCCGUUCGGGAACGUCCGCGCUGUUUGACUCCUUCGCUUAUCUCGGUUCGGAUGAGACGAGGUGGUCGCAUACGCUUGUUGGCUGGACCGGCGAGGUUGAACCGACCUAUGAGGCUACGGUCCCGUCGCAGCAAGUACCGCUAAACACCAGCGGCGCGAAGCCCCCCAGCCCGGCCGGGGGGAUGACUCUCAACCGGGCUGCGGCCCCGGUGCCCGUCGAUGUCAAUAACGGUCCACCCAGCCAUCCUCUCGUCGGUGGCUUUACGGUCGGCCCGGAGGAUCGGGCCCGGCUGGAUAAGCAGCUGAGCUCCGGUCGCUACGGAAAAAUCUCACCGGUGUGGUUGUCGGACGGGUCGGAUGUGCCGGAGGAUUCGUUCGCCCUGGAGGACCAAGGGAGGUGGCGGCGCUACGCCGAGCGGGAGCUGUAUCCCCUGCUCCACUACAAGCAGCACGGCCCCACCGAUGGCCGCUCGGAGCGCAGGUGGUGGGCGGAUUAUGUGCGCAUGAACCGGUGCUUUGCGGACCGCAUCGCCCAGGAGUACCGUCCAGGGGAUAUCGUUUGGAUCCACGACUACCAUCUCUUCCUCCUCCCGAGCAUGCUGCGCCAACGGAUCCCGAACGCCCACAUCGGCUUCUUCCUCCACGCCCCGUUCCCCAGCAGUGAAUUCAUGCGGUGUCUAUCCAAGCGGAAGGAGGUCCUGACCGGCGUGCUGAGCGCGAACAUGAUCGGCUUCCAGACCUUUUCCUACUCGCGCCACUUCUCCUCCUGCUGCACCCGCGUCUUGGGCUUCGACUCCAACUCGGCCGGUGUCGAUGCCUAUGGCGCCCAUGUGGCCGUCGAUGUGUUCCCCAUUGGCGUCGACGCCAAGGCCAUUCAGCGCGUCGCAUUCGGCUCUCCGGACAUCGAUUCCACGGUCGAGGGCAUCCGGGGCUUGUAUGCCGGCAAGAAGAUCAUCGUGGGCCGGGACCGGCUGGACAGCGUCCGGGGCGUCACCCAGAAGCUCCAGGCCUUUGAGGCGUUCUUGGAGCGGUUCCCCGAAUGGCGCGACAAGGUGGUGCUGAUCCAGGUGACCAGCCCCACCAGUGUGGAGGAAGAGAAGGAGGAGACCAAGAUCGCCAGCCAGAUCUCCAACCUGGUCUCCACCAUCAACGGCCGGUUCGGCUCCCUGAGCUUCUCCCCGAUCAAGUACUACCCGCAGUAUCUCUCGCAGCGCGAGUAUUUUGCCCUGCUCCGGGUCGCCGACGUCGGCCUGAUCACCACCGUCCGCGACGGCAUGAACACGACCAGUCUCGAGUACAUCAUCUGCCAGCAGCACAAGCACAGUCCGCUGAUCCUCUCCGAAUUCUCCGGUACCGCGGGGACGCUGUGCAACGCCAUCCACAUCAACCCGUGGGACACCGCCGGCGUGGCCGGGGCCAUCAACCAGGCCCUGACGAUGCCGGCCGAGCAGAAGGAGGCGCAGCAUUCGAAGCUGUACAAGCACGUGACGACGAACACAAUCUCCGCCUGGUCGCAGCAGUUUGUCACCCGCCUGCUGACCAACCUCUCCUCCUUCGAUCAGUCCGUGGCCACGCCGGCCCUCGACCGGGCGAAGCUGGUGCGGCAGUACCGGAAGGCGCGCAAGCGGCUGUUCAUGUUUGACUACGACGGCACGCUCACGCCGAUCGUCAAGGACCCGCAGGCGGCGAUCCCGUCCGAUCGCGUCCUGCGCACCAUCAAACGCCUGGCGGCGGAUCCGCGGAACGCGGUGUGGAUCAUCAGCGGCCGGGACCAGGCCUUCCUGGACGAGUGGAUGGGGCACAUCCCCGAGCUGGGGCUGAGCGCCGAGCACGGCUGCUUCGUGCGGAAGCCGGGCUCGGACGACUGGGAGAACCUGGCCGAGCGAUCCGACAUGGGCUGGCAGAAGGAGGUCCUCGAGGUCUUCCAGCACUACACGGAGCGGACGCAAGGCUCCUUCAUCGAGCGGAAGCGCGUGGCGCUCACGUGGCAUUACCGGCGGGCGGACCCGGAGUACGGGGCGUUCCAGGCGCGCGAGUGUCGCAAGCAGCUGGAGGAAACGGUGGGGCGGAAGUGGGAUGUGGAGGUCAUGGUCGGCAAGGCGAAUCUGGAGGUGCGACCGACCUUUGUCAACAAGGGGUGCAUCGCGUCGCGGCUGGUGAAUGAAUACGGGACGGGGCCGGGACAGGCACCCGAGUUUAUCUUCUGCUCGGGAGAUGAUUUCACCGAUGAAGAUAUGUUCCGCGCGCUGCAGAGUUUCGACCUCCCGUCUGACCAUGUCUUUUCGGUCACGGUUGGUGCCAGCUCGAAGCAGACUGCGGCCAGCUGGCAUCUGCUGGAACCAGCGGACGUGAUUGAGACGGUGUCGAUGCUCAACCAUAGCUUUUCUGGGCAGGAUCACUGA